AUGCUCAAGGGGUUGACUUUAGCACAGUUUGGAAAUUACACUUGUGAGGCAGAAAAUGAUUUUGCUGGAUAUUGCCGGCGAAAAACUGUCGAAAUUGGACAAGGUAAGCAACAAAACUAACGUUAUCUCCUCGAGAAACAAAAUAAAGCGGUUACCAGACGUUUCGUACCCAGUCUUUUCGCACCAAAGUCGAUUCGCACCAAGUCAGUUGAGUCGUUUCGCACCCGUACCAAAAGCGAUUUUCGAAACAACAGUAGCCUGAAGAGCAACACAGGACGACCUAUUCCUUCUGGAACCCACUCGUUAUCUUAUCAGCUAUUCCAAAACGUUUUGUAACUUUGAUUUGCUUCUCGUCACACGAAACGAUUUACAUAAAUUAAUGGCAAAAAUUGGACUGAAAUUUAACAAGAGUAGGGGAGUGAUUUUUUUCUUAUCUGCUUACUUCCAUCAGCCUUUUCUGGGUAGUUUGUAAUUUCAGUCUCACGCGCCUUGCCAUUCAAAUCAGCUGUCAUGAUACUUCAAAUUGAAAGGGACUUCUAAAUGUUGUUGAGUAGAGAGGGGAAUGUGGCCGAGUGUUAGGUGCAUUAAACUGCGCAUUGGAAUUUACCUUCUAUAUACUAACUUCCUCUCCAUUGAAAGAAGACGGAGACGGAGUCGGAUUUGUAAACAUGAGCAAAGAGCGAUACGAUCAAGUAAAAAUCAAAUCGACAGAAUCAGAAGAAAAAUACCGUUAUCACUUACGACUCCGUCGCUUACGAUCCUUUGAAGAAUUGUCAGAGUCGUAGGAGGAAGACUGUGCUGGAAGGGUCUGAGAACUGGCAUGUGAUUGGUUGUUUUUUUCCGAUUCUGCUCGCGACUGCGACAACCUAGUUUUCACCACGGAAAAAACGAAACCGUUCUGAUUCUUCUGAGUCCUAUUCUGUCGAGCUUAUGACUCCGCUUAUGAUUCUGUUUUUCAGUUUUCACUCGCUUGAAAGUGUUCUUACGACUCUGACUACGACUCCGACUCUAACUCCGUCGCCAGUGAAAACUUGCCUUUAGUAACAGCACUCUUAAGAGGCCCUAAGCCUAAGAAACGACCGAUGAUUUCUGGCUAAAAAUUAAAAUCGGCCGAUUUUUAUCUUCCAAACAGAGGUUACCUAAUACUAUUUAAAAACGAAUUUCUUUUGCUUCAGUUUCGCUUUAAACCAAAAAUAUCGAGCCGCGAACUUGUUACGUCUGAUUGUAGCAAAAUCUGUCCCAAAAUAUUCCCUUUCAAAAACCGGUUCAAAAAUCACUAUCGCAACACAAAAUAAUGAGAAAACUAUGCAGUUAUGAAGAAAAAGGCCUUUUGAUGAAACAUUAUUCGAUAAACAUCGAAAAAUUGCAGAAGCGAAUGAAAAAUUAAAUUUUCAAAUAUUGCAUAUCAAAUUAGAUGAAGGGGUUGGAGAUGAUUUUCAAAUAAUUAUUUCUACAAAAUCAAACGCUGUUGAAGGCAAUCACAGUGGUGAAUCAGAAAUUAGAAGGAUAUACGUUACGUUUCUGGAAAAACAUUUUUCGACCAAAGUAUAUUAACCUUGUACAAAUCGUUCAAAGUUGCAAUGUUUACCGUUAUGGUGCUACUUCGGCGAAACACUCUGUUGCCAAUACGUCCAUGGUAGCGUGGUAAAUGUCACUUUAAACCUUGCUAAGCGCAAAUACCAUCCUAAAUAGAAUGAUAUGGUGUUAAAAGAGAAAGGAAGAUGAAAAAUAAGUAGAAAAAGAAAAUAAUUUACAUUUGCCAUCUGCUGAGGUGAGUCAAAUCUUGGAAAUGUUAUCGCGUGACACCACUCAUUUCUCCAAACUACGGCGGAAUCCAAGCAACUGCGUAGAAUACAAGUAAACUUGAAACAACUCUUCCGCCGCCAUAAAUCCUGAAGUGAAACAGUUUUAUAUUAUUGCCAUGAAUGAUGAUGAUGAAUUCAGGUGAAAGGUGUCACGCGAUAACAUUUCCAAGAUUUAACUCACCUCAGCAGAUGGUAAAUGUAAAUUAUUUUCUUUUUCUACCUAUUUUUCAUCUUCCUUUCUCUUUUAAUACCAUACCAUUCUAUUUAGGAUGGUAUUUGAGCGGUUAGCAAGGUUUAAAGUGACAUUUACCACGCUAUCCAUGGGUGUAUUGGCGACAGAGAGUUGUUUCGCCGAAGUAGCAACAUAACGGUAAACACUGCAACUUUGAACGCUUCGUACAAGGUCAAUAUACUUUGGCCGAAAAAUGUUUUUCCAGAAACGUAACGUAUAUCCUUCUAAUGUCUGAUUUACCACUGUGAUUGCCUUCAACAGCGUUGGAUUUUGUAGAAAUAAUUAUUUUAAAAUAAUCUCCAACGCUCCCUCUAAUUUGAUAUGCAAUAUUUGAAAAUUGAUUUAUCAUUCGCUUCUGCAGUUUUUCGAUGUUUGUGUUGCGAUAGUGAUUUUUGAACCGGUUUUUGAAAGGGCAUAUUUUGGGACAGAUUUUGCUACAAUCAGACGUAACAAGUUCGCGGCUCGAUAUUUUUGUUUUAAAGCGAAACUGAAGCAAAGAAAUUCAUUUUAAAAUAGUAUUAGGUAACCUCUACUUGGAAGAAAUAAAUCGGCUGAUUUUAAUUUUUAGCCAGAAAUCAUCGGUCGUUUCUAAGACGCAGACACUCUUAAGUAGAGACCAUGUAACAUGGACAACAAGAAAUGAAGAAGCAUGUGUAAAAUGGAUUGGAAAUGGAGAAAACGUGAGGCUAAAUAUUCCAGGAUAUCUAAAACGUGGCAAAGCUCGCUUUUUGUUUGUGGAGUUUUGCUUACUAACCCACUUUUCCUGUUUUUAUGUGCCCCCUUCAGUUUUUAAAAAUAUUUUUACGAGUUCUCAAUUUUUUUUAUCUUCUCCCGACACAUUUUUUACUGUCAUCUGGGAUUGUCGGUGUCAGCUUUCCUGGCGCCGGAGACUGUCCAGGAUCCAAAGAACCAAACCGUCGUUGCUGGUUUCAACCUAACUUUAAACUGCACUGCCGAAGGUUCUCCCAUGCCAUCCAUCACAUGGAUAAAGAACAACGAUUCGCUCGCUGUACAGUCCAACCCAAGAAUAAAAUACUUUAAGACUGUUCUGGACGUCAAACAAAUUCAUAGCCAACUGGUAAUAGAAGAUGCAAAGAAGAAAGAUGAAGGAAAAUAUCACUGCGUUGCAAAUAAUACUGCGGGAGAAAAAGCAUCCAACCCGGCUUUCUUGUUCGUAAAGGAUUUAGGUGAGACGUAUGCUGUAUAUUUCUUCUUAACUUGGCAUCAGGUUUUAUAAUGGAACGACCAUUUUUUUCUUUAGAGAAUGAUGAAAGAAACUUUAAAGAAAUUUUGGUCAAAGGGAAACAGUUUUAGAAUUCACAAAAAUUAAGUUCUCUUUUUAAAUUUGAAAAUCCUUAAAUAAUGCACGGUAUUUCUCUUUCAUUUCACUUACUCCUUUUUUUAUGUUCUCCUAACACAAUUUUUACUGUCAUCUGGAAUUGUCGGUGUCAGCUUUCCUAGCACCGGAGACUGUCGAGGAUCCAAAGAACCAAACCGUCGUUGCUGGUUUCAACCUAACUUUAAACUGCACCGCCAAAGGUUCUCCCAUGCCAUCCAUCACAUGGAUAAAGAACAACGAUUCGCUUGCUAUACAGUCCAACCCAAGAAUAAAAUACAUUAAGACUGCCCUGGACGACAAACAAAUUCAUAGCCAACUGGUAAUAGAAGAUGCAAAGAAAGAAGAUAAAGGAAAAUAUCACUGCGUUGCAAAUAAUACUGCGGGAGAAAAAGCAUCCGACCCGGCUUUCUUGUCCAUAGAAGAUUUAAGUGAGACGUAUGCUGUAUAUUACUUCUUAACGUGGCAUCAGGUUUUAUCAUGGAACGACCAUUUUUUUCUUUGGAAAGGGAUGAAAGAAACUUUAAAGAAACUUUGGCAAAAGGGAAAGUGCUUUAGAUUUUUUUAAAUUUAGGCAAUUUUUAAAUAUACUUAAAUAAUGCACAGUAUUUCCCUUUCAUUCCUCUCACCGGGUAUCAACAUUUUUUAUUUGCUUCCCGUACUUCUUUCACAUCUUUGCUUUCAGAUAACUGGGCGAGGAUUGUUGAGGAUCCGGUGAACCAAACUUGUAUGAUUCGUUGAAUUUAAUUACAUUCUAUAGCGCCGCAAUGUGCGUUACCUAGGCCUCGUUUGAAGUUUUUUGCCGUUUUUUUGUCAAGGUUAGUUUUAAGCUAAGGAUUUUGAAGCUGUCUUGUAAGAAGCACUAAUUUCGAAUCGUCGCCGGAUAGAUCCUCGUAUUUAAAAUCGUUGUUUACAAGAAUAUAAGGAAUCUGGAUGUAUACAGGUUGUUGUGUCAUAUUUAUUUACGCCAAGCUUAGCUGGCCCCUACAUAAUUCAAAGUUAGAGUUCUUAUGUCAAGAUCUGUUUUCAAGAGUGGUUUGUCAUCAGCUGACCAGCAAAAAGAAAAGAAAAUCGGCCAGUAGUUCGAAGGUAAAAGUUGUCUUUGAAGAAUCGCACGUAUAGUAAAUCGUCAUGUUGCUGAAGAGACGCCGAAUAAAUUGUCAGAAGUCAACGCGUUUAGGAGCGACGAGAGCGGUGGAAAUUUGGAUGUAUGGCCAUUGUUAGCCGUAGGCUACGUGGAUUUAAUUUCUGUUGGCGAAAAUCUUCAAGGUUCAACUAUGGAAACUAGGAAGAAAGCACCGAGCGAGAUUUUGAAUGAAGAGGAAGUCAACACUGAGAGAGCUGUCCAUGCUGGGCGUCGGAGAGCUGGACAUUUAGGAGAACUGUGAAAACGUCGGAAUGUCGUUCAAGAUUUGAUUACAAGCCCAGGAGUUGAAAAACAGAAGUAGAAGAAACCGUUGGCAGGUAUGAAGAAUGAAUGGAGGGAGAAAAAGAUGACAGAAGAAAAAAAGGCCUCCAUCUGAGUCCAAUUUUGGUCACCGGCGUCAGCUUUAGGAGGGAAUCUCACUCCCUAAUUAGCUCUUUGACUCGACACUCUCCUUAACUAACUACAACACCUGCACCUGACACAAUUCAGCCACCAUUUUACUCUAUUGAGAGCUUAUCACCAGCGAGUUUCCAGUCAACAUCCGCUCAUUAUAGCAACAGCAACUGAAAUCUACCCAGCAUUUGUUUCUCCCAAAACAUUUUUUACUGUACCCGUACCUCUCUCCUUAGUCACAGCAGUCAGAAGCUUGGAAACAAUUGAACAAGGGAUCAAACAAGGUCCAUCGCUACCAAAAGUAGAGUUAAUAAAGUUCAGUGGGAAUAUGAUAAUUACGCUAAUGAGAAAGCUUCUCGAUGAAGAUCUUAAAAGAAAGUGGGUCGAUAGAGCAGGAGAUCUCAUCAAGAGCAAAGGUCGAGCUGCGUAUUUGGAUUUUGUUGGUUUUUUUAGAGAGGCAGGAUAA